GCCGCCGCCCCAGUCACCUCGCUCUGCGGCGGCCACCCGGCACCAGGAGCAGCCCCAGGCGGCGGCGCGACGGUCCCCGCCAUGUCUGCAGCCAUGAGGCAGAGGUUCGACCAGUUCCUUCACCAGAAGAACUGCAUGACUGACCUCUUGGCCAAGCUCGAGGCCAAGACCGGCGUGAACCGGAGCUACAUGGUCCUCGGUGUCAUCGGGCUGGUGGCUUUGUACCUGAUGUUCGGUUAUGGAGCCUCUCUCCUCUGCAACCUGAUAGGAUUUGGUUACCCAGCCUACGUCUCAAUUAAAGCGAUAGAGAGUCCAAACAAAGAAGAUGAUACCCAGUGGCUGACCUACUGGGUAGUGUAUGGUGUGUUCAGCAUUGCCGAAUUCUUCUCUGACCUCUUCCUGUCAUGGUUCCCCUUCUACUACAUGCUGAAGUGCGGCUUCCUGUUGUGGUGCAUGGCUCCCAGCCCGGCCAACGGAGCGGACCUGCUCUACGCGCGCAUCAUCCGUCCUUUCUUCCUGAAGCACGAGUCGCAGGUAGACAACGUGGUGAAUGACUUGAAGGACAAAGCCAAAGAGACUGCAGAUGCCAUCUCUAAAGAAGCCAAGAAAGCUGCUGUGAAUUUACUGGGUGAGGAAAAGAAGAGCACCUAAAUCACUGACUGGAUGAAACCUUUCUGCCCUCUCUGUACCUUUCUUUUAGAGCUUGAUGUUAUAUUAGGAACUGUGGUAUAAGCAUUUUAAUAAUGUUGCCUUGGAAACAUUUUUGAUAUAUUAAAAAAAGGAAUGUGUAAGUU